AUGCCUCACUUUCCAAGGUUGCUUGCCAACGUCAUCGACGCCAAGGCCAAGUCUAUGGCGAGCGAUCCAUGGCUUCUUUAUGCCCCCUCUUCUUUGUGGGAGCAAGAAGGGGGUUUUCGCACCAUAACAUGGAACCAGUUUGCCAACGCUAUAAACAAGGCUGCGUUCUGGUUAGACGAGAACAUCCCUCGAGAAUCUCCAGGUCGGGAAACGAUUGCCUACCUUGGUCCCAACGAUGCUAGGUACUAUAUCCUCAUGGUUGCGGUAGCCAAAUCUAAACGAACUCUUUUUAUUCCAGACGGACGAAUAACACCAUCUGGGUUAGCCAAGGUCCUGGCCGAGAUUCGAUGCACUGCCUGGAUUGCUACGCAGGACAAGCCCAGUACAGUUGAAGGACAGAAAUGCUAUGUGUUUCCUUCUCUUGAUGAUAUGCUUGGAGGCGAUUUUGCUCCUCCAUAUGCCUACAACGAAACUUGGGAGCAAGCAAAAGACGACAUCGUUUGUAUCAUCCAUACAUCUGGCACAACAGGUGAUCCAAGCCCGAUCUACCUUCGCAAUGGAUACAUGUCUGUUUGGGAUAGUUGGAAAACUAUCAUGUCGAGACACAGCCCACGAAAGAUCACAUAUCGGCAUAUGGAAAAUGCACUAUCACUGACAACAUGUGCUCCACAAUGGCUAGCCGGCUUAGCUUUCAGUCUGAAUGCACCAGUAUUUCUUGGACUCACGACAGUGAUGCUGCCUUCCGAUAUGAUACCCCCGUUCGACCCGCAAUCCAUCAUACGGAUCUGCCAACACACAGGAGCCAAUAGCAUUAUUACUCCACCUUCACUUAUAGAAGAUUUCUACAAUGACAAGGAAGUGUUUGCAUUCCUGAAGAGUCUCGAUUACGUUUGUUGGCUGGGAGCGGGACUGAAUCACACAGUUGGCGAUAUGCUAGCACAGCAUACCAAUCUAUUCCCGGUAAUUGGGUCAACAGAACGAGGAGGGCAAUUGUCGUUUGAAUCAGACGAUGUAGCCAUGUGGAAAAGCUAUGAGUUUGUCCCAGAGAUGGGCUCUCGGUUUCAACAAGUGGAUGAGGAUUUGUACGAAUUGCACAUCGACCGUACAACUGAACAUCAGCUCUUCCAAUGUGGCUUUCACACCUUUCCGUCUCUCGACUCUAUCGAUACCGGCGAACUCUACUACCCAGUGAAAGAUAAAUUCGGUUCUCAACGAUGGAUCUCUCGCGGACGCAAAGAUGACCUUGUGAAACUGUCUUGGCUGGCCAAAUUCCACGCGGCGCACAUUGAAGACGAGGUUUCGCGUCAUCCUCAAGUCAGCUCGGUCAUUGUCGGGGGCGAAGGUCGGCAUGUGCCAUACAUCAUCAUUGAGCCAAAAGAUUACCGCGACAUCAAGGAUCCAAAUCGAUUCCUGGACCGCAUUUAUGACAUUGCUAUCAAAGAUAUCAACAAAAGGGAUGAUGAUGAGAUUCGCAUCCCAAGGGAGAUGAUCAUGUUAUCCGACCCAGCCUUGCCAUUCAAGCGGACCAUGAAAAUGACAGUGUUGAGGAGGGAGGUUGAGAUGACUUAUCAACAUCAUAUCGAGAGGCUAUAUCAGAAACUGAAGGAUAAGGAAAAGAGCAGCUGUUUGGAAUGUUAUGAUGAGGAGCCGAGCUUAUGGUGA